AUGGAAAUGCUCAGGCUUCCAGAAACCUUACAGUCUCCGUCUCCCCAGGCACUGAGCAACAGUGUGUAUAAGAGUGCCUCGCCCUACGGCUCUCUCAACAACAUCGCUGAUGGCCUCAACUCCCUCACUGAGCACUUCGCUGACCUGACCCUCACUUCUGAGGCCCGCAAGCCCAGCAAACGGCCCCCACCUAACUACCUGUGCCACCUCUGCUUCAACAAGGGACACUACAUCAAAGACUGCCCCCAGGCACGCCCCAAAGGAGAGGGCCUAACCCCAUACCAGGGGAAAAAACGCUGCUUUGGAGAAUACAAGUGUCCCAAAUGCAAGAGGAAAUGGAUGAGUGGGAACUCAUGGGCCAACAUGGGGCAGGAGUGCAUCAAAUGCCAUAUCAACGUGUACCCACACAAGCAGAGACCCCUGGAAAAGCCCGAUGGCCUGGAUGUGUCUGACCAGAGCAAGGAGCACCCACAGCACCUCUGCGAGAAAUGCAAAGUCCUGGGCUACUACUGCCGCCGAGUGCAAUGAGCCAGCCACAGUCUCCCUGCACCGUCCAGAGAAGACAUCGCCUCCACUGAAUUUCUCCAUGUUGCUAUGUGUCCUCAUGUGUGGGGUUGUCCUCGCAGGCCUGCAGGUCUGAGCAGGGGGCCUCCUCCCUAGGAGUCUUGUCUCAUUUGUGUUGACAAACAGUGUUACUGACAUAACUGCCCCACCACCAACACAGAAGGCAGGGUCUCUGGGGCUCUUUACUGGGUGGCCUGGGGUCUGUGUGGAGGAAACACAAGUGAGAAGAGGUGAGUACACAGGACCCAAAGAAGCCCUUUGUGCUCCUGUAGGCUCUCUCUGACGAAGACACUCUUUGGGUUGAGCAGCCAUGUAUGGGCUCACUAAAUGUACUGUGAACCCCAGUGCCUGAAGGGGACCAUUUCCCCAGGACUGGCCAAGCAGUCUUUCCAGACCCAGAACCUUACAGUUUGCCCUGUGUGAAAUGCCACUCUCAGAAAGCCUAUUCAGGCAACCAUGCUGAACUGACAUCUGUUCAAGCAGCUACAGGAGGUGGACAUCUCUGCUUCCUAUUCCUGCUUACCCCCAAGCCUGGCCCCUUCUGACCUCACUGGCAUUGCCCUUGUGCGCUGCAGGCUGACUCUGUGUACCUAGAUAGGCCGAGGUCAGGAAGGAGAGGCACAGAACACUGGGCAAUGUGCCUGGUGUGUCUGCUGUGUCUUGGGGUCCAUCUGGCAGCAACUCACUCACCCAUGGCCAGACACAUUUCCCACGUGCUUGGGUUUCAUCUGCCCAUUCCCCUGCCCUUCCACCCACUCUAGGAAUGCUUUCCUGAUUGAGGGGGUAGGGCCUAUUGUGGAAGCCCACUCUGCAGGGAGGACACAGACUUAGGGUUGAGUUCUGGGUCCUCCUGGGAUGUGCUGUGCAACUUUGGGUGAGGAUGUCCCUUUUCCAGGCCUCCGUUUCUCUAUCAGUUCAAUGAGCGAGUGACACUAGAGAACAAAGAGACCUGCUUUAGUUCUGAUGUUUUAGGAUUUAGGCCUGGUGCCUAUUCCUAGGACAGAGAGCUUCUCUUGGCGUUUCACCAAGGAUCUUAGGGCACCCUGAAGCCACAGAACCUCUCUCUGUAGACGGGGACAAUGGAUUCCUGCCUCCCAUCGGAGCAGAAAGGUUUCAUGACCUGUAACGCUUGUCAGGUGGACUGCUGUCCUGGCCGGCCAGUGAGACCGUGCUCUCCUCUCUCCCCAGGGAAAUGCCUCAUUUUCAGUGUCACCCAUUUCCUUUCUCUUAGGGAGAGGGAGAG